ACCCCCAAAAUGAAGUUAUUAGUGAAAAGGGGGAUAGGUAGCCUGUUUCAAACUUUUAAGCCAUAGUAGUGGUCUCACUAUCCAUAAACUUGGACAAUUAUGUAACCUGACAACUGACGUUGUUUUCCAAGGACGCGGUUGUGUUUUAAUGAUUUUCAAAGGAAAGGAAAGGAUAACAUUUCGCAUCCAUUCGAACCGCUGCAAGAAGGCAAGCUACAACUUCCAACAAAGUUUACUUUGACAUUUCUGGAGAUUCUGCAUGCUGGCGCUUCUGUGAGGUUUCUCUCUACUGACGGACUGUGAGGUGAAAGAAGAGUUGUCCUUGUGAGGAACCAGGAGGAAGGGAAGGCCGGCCAGUGACCACAUCCUGUCCUCUUCUGGAGAAGCUGUAGGCCAGUACGACUACAAUACUCUGAUGGCAGACAGACCCAUUCUACCCCUGUUGCUUCUGGCAUUCUGCUGCUCAGCAUUUGCAGGCCCGUUGUCACGCAGCCCGUGUGAGCUGCUGCCAGUCGGCGUAGGCCACCCGGUGCAGGCCCUGCUAAAGAGUUUCACGGCCAUGUCAGGCUGUGCCUCCCGCGGCACAACAGGACUGCCUCAAGAGGUCCACAUCAUCAACCUGAGGGGCCACGGUCCUAAGGGGCCAGACCACAAGACUACAGAGGUGGAGCUGCACCUGAAGCCCAUCCAGUCCCUACUGGCGCACCAGAAGCCCCUGGUGUUUGUGCUAAACUCCCCCCAGCCUGUGGUCUGGGACAUCAGGACAGAGAAACUAGCCCUGGGCAUCAAACACAUCUUCCAUGUAUCUGAGGGAUCUGAUGUCUACUUCCUUCCAGGGAACUUCUCCCUCCACUGUCAGGUUCAGAAGGAGGUGCUUCCCCAUGGCAACGAGCACCUCCUCAGCUGGGCCACCAAGAAGUACAGAGCCGUCACCUCCUUCUCCGAACUCAAGAUCGCCCUGGACAUCUACAUUAAAGUGGGAGAAGACCCAGUGUUCUCAGAUACCUGUAAGAUUGACAACAAGUUCCUGUCUCUAAACUACCUAGCUGGCUACGUGGAGCCCCAGCCCUCUAAAGGCUGUGUCCUGUCUGGACCAGACCAGGACCAAGAGGUCCACAUCAUUGAGCUGCAAGCACCCAACUCCAGCAGUGCGUUCCAGGUGGAUGUGAUUGUGGACCUGAGACCACUGGAGGCAGAUGUUCCAUUGAAACGUAACGUCGUGCUGCUUCUGAAGUGUGAGAAGUCUGUCAACUGGGUCAUCAAGGCUCACAGCGUCAUCGGCAAACUGGACGUGGUGACGUCAGAUACCAUCAGUCUGAGCCCCAACACAGAGAGGCUGAUGGAGGUGUCUAAGACCCCCAAGCACCACCUCCCAUCUGGCUCUCAGGCCCUGAUCAAGUGGGCAGAGGAGCAUAGCUAUGGACCGGUCACCUCCUACACCCACACCCCUGUGGCUAACACCUUCAACCUGAGGCUCAGGGAGCCAGAUGUAUUAGAUCCCCUGGAGUCCAUGUUCCUUCCAGACCUGUCUAUCCCGUGGGACACCAACCCCCUCCUGUCUGGUGGUCCGGGGGGUGCUGCCUCACGCUCCGGUGGCCUGCCCUUCCCCUUCCCCCCACCCAAGGAGCAUGGCCUGCCCUACCUGUCCCUGGAGGACCCUUCCUGGCUGGGAGGGGAGCAGGGUGGGGAGCCUGAGGAGCAGCAGGGGACCCUCAGUGUGGGGCUCAGUGUUCAGUGUGAGGAGAACAGGAUGGUGGUCAGCAUCGACAGAGAGAGUCUGGAGGCCAGUGGUUAUGGUAAUGCCAACCUGACUCUUCAAGACCCAGAAUGCAAAGCAACGGUUAACUCCACCCACUACACCCUAGAGACGCCAUUGGAGGGCUGUCAGACAACCAAGUACCCCAUGCACCCCAGCUCUAUGGUCCUCUACAUCAACUCAAUCUUGAUAAGUCCUGCUGAGCCUAAGGAUGGGAGUGGUGGUCCCCCAGAUGACGAGGAUCUAGAGUCCGGAGACGUGACCUUCCCUGGGGAGGCAGAUGAGCUGGAGAGGCUGGAGAGGGCUGCUUUCCUGGGGCACACCACGGAUUCUGAUCACAGAUCCUCCAUUCUGUUCAACUGCACCUACAGAAAGAACCAGAACACCCUAGGAGGAUCAGGAUCAUCAGGAUCGUUUUCCCACUUCGCCCCAGCAGCUAAGGAACCAGUCAGAACCGACGUGAUGUUCAACAUGGAGCUGUACAACACCCAACUCUUCCGCUAUCCUUCAACCCAGGCCUUCCACACCGUUUCCAAAAAUAAACAGGUCUUCGUAGAGAUUGGGGCCUUCAAAGUCGACCCAGAGCUAGGGUUCAUGAUCCAGACCUGUUUCAUCUCUGCCAACUCCAACCCGAACAUCCCGUCUUACUACACCCUGAUCGAGAACAUCUGCCCUACGGACAACACGGUCAAGUACUACCCUCAGAGAGACCUCCCUAUUCCCCACUCCCAGACCGACAGGAAGAGGUUCAGCUUCACCUUCAACUCAUCCUUCAACGAAUCGUUGCUGUUUCUGCACUGUGAAAUGUCUCUCUGCUCCAAGAGACCCCACAACAACCAGGGACGGGCUAUGUGUAUAGAACCGGACGAGGCGUGUACGUCUGUCAACGGAGAGAUCAUCCUAGCCAUGAUGAUGAACGCCAAGACUUCUACCAAGACCCUGGUGGUGGUGGUGGAAGGACAUGACACAGUGGAGAAGGAGGGACCAGUGCCUCCCACCCGCACGGGCCCUCCUGACCCACCAGGGGAAACUGUUUUGUAUGUGUUGGACACCCCGACUGUGGUUGGGAUCGCCUUCGCCGCAUUUGUGAUCGGGGCCCUGUUGACCGGAGCCCUGUGGUUCAUCUACUCUCAUACAGGUGAUACAGCUGGCCGACAGCAGGCCCAGAAGCCCCAGCCCCCAGCCUCAGAGAACAGCAGUGCGGCCCACAGUAUUGGCAGCACACAAAGCACGCCCUGUUCCAGCAGCAGCACAGCGUAGCCUUGGGGCCAGUCCGGGGCCAGCGGAGAAGGAGAGCCCCCCACCCCUCUGCAGGGCCACAGGAAGGGCCACACGGGUCACAGGGAACUGGGUUUGCUAACAUUUGUUUCCCCGCUCGAUGAAAGGAAUUAUUUUGGGAUGCUUUGUGAAAACAAAGAAGAAGAAUUUAUUAAAAAAGAAGACAAACAAAAGGAUUUUGUAAGAAAGCCUGAUGUUGCUGGUUAAAUUCGAUGUGUACCAUUUUAUUUCAACACAAGUCGUUAAGGUUUUGUGACAGAGCUACUGUACUGGAAGGACUGGUCUGAAGGGGAAAUAGUACUAAUACCACAGAAAGGCAACAAGGCCUCACAUCUCUAGAGCGAUAGAACUCUAGCUACGGACAAGAAACAACUGUUAGUGAAAUACCAGACCUUUUUUCUUAUCCAAAUGCUGCUUUUUCUGCAACCACAACAGAGAAUUUUGUUUUGACCUUAAACGUCUAGUUGAAGCUGUAAACAAGCUAGUGUACACCAAUAGCACUGGAGACCGUAAAGCUGCCUGUCUGCACACACCAUCUGUGGGUGUUAGCAAGACUAGUGAGAGGAACAACAUGGCUGUCAACCAGAGUGUUAACCCCUAUCAAUAUGCUAUAUAAAUAAUAGAUGCUACCUCCUAUCCACAUGUUAUAGGAGAUAGUCAAAUCAACGAGUUGAAUCAGAGAGUGAGAAGUGUGAGAAGUGAAGAGAGUGAAUAGUGUGAGAAGGAGCCUCUCGGCUGUCUCUUUUCCCCUCAAAGCCAGAUAAAGCAUCCUGCCAUGUGCUAUUAAUCACUUGGAAUCUGAAAGGACUUAAUAACCAAGCAAGAUAUAUACAUAGAUAGAUAGAUACCAAGAAAUGUGAAAGACAAAAGUAAUGUGAAAGAUAUCUUGAUGAACCCUGUUUGCAAGCCAGCUAGUCAUGACAAUCGGUCAGGACUUUGUCAACGCAUCCGUCUAAACAUACUGUUGUGACAACAUCGAUGACAAAGUAUCAGCGGUGUGCAUUUGGUCAUAUUGAGUGAUGAUUGCUUUGCAGUCCUUCGUCUCAAGUUUGAUUGGUGUUACACAGCUUGGCUUUCGGCAGUAUGGGUUUCUCAUAUACUAUAUAAAAACAGCCAUUGUAAAGCUAUAUAUAUAUUUUUGCAACUAUUGUAAAUAAUCUAAAAUGUUAUAAGGACAAAGUCAAAAUAUAAUGUGCAAGAUUGUGUGCAUUCGAAACCUUAUGUUGUUAAAUAAGACUUGUUAAAGUGGCUAUGUUUGGCCAGUAUUCCCAUAUAUACCAUAAUGUUUUAUGUUUUUAUCCACUGUGAGGUAACUAAAAUGCUACAUGCUGCAGUGUUGGAUCAUAAAUAUAUAUACAGUAUUGUAAUUGGGCAUUACAUUUGGAGCACAGUAAUUGGGCAUUACAUUUAAACCACAAAAACAACGUGCCAUUCGAUCUGGGUCCGACACCACUAGGCCUUCAGCUGUUUUCAUUCUGAUUGUACAUAAUAAUGUUGUACACAAUUUCAUACCAACAUUUACAUUUUUCACAGCAAAUAAUUGAGAACCUGAUAUAGUUGAGUUUGUGGAAUGAAAAUAUAAGCCAAAAUAGUCAUUGUCUGGUUUUGUUCAGUAAAUCAUACUCAGAUUCUCAGCUUUCAAGUAUAUUUUCUGUAUGUGGUAAAUACAUUGUCAAUUUUACUCACCAGGGCAUGAAAUAGUUCAACGUUGCAAUAUACUGGCGCCAUCUUGUAAUCUUAAUGGUGUAUUUGUUCCGACAAACAUUCCACAUCCUGAUUAUUUACGCCCUGGUGUCAUGUUCAACAUGUAUUGUUUCUCUCUGUGUUUAUAGACAUAUUUAUUUGAUUUUACCUUUAUUUAACUAGGCAAGUCAGUUAAGAACAGAUUCUUAUUUUCAAUGACGGCCUACGAGCAGUGGGUUAACUGCCUUGUUCAGGUGCAGAACGACAGAUUUUUACCUUGUCAGCUCGGGGGUUCGAUUUUGCAACUUUUCGGUCACUAGUCCAACGCUCUAACCACUAGGUUACCUGCCGCACCAGUAUGAGCACUUAGAUGUACAUGAUUGUGUACAUAAUUGUGCACAUAAUUGUACUACUAUGGCUGACCCUGUAAAACAACACAUUUCACUGCACAUAUUCGGUGUAUGUGACAAUACAACAUGUUUUUUUUUUAUGUCAUGUGCCAUGCUAAUGCAAAGCCAAAAGAGUCCCACCGUCAUAGAAUCCAUGAAUGUUCUCUGGUGUUCCUUUACUUUUAGUAAUUGGGGGGGUUUGAAUAGAAAUAUCUUUUUUUAGGAGAAAAGGGAUGGUUUGUACUAAUUUUACUUUGUGGUUGGGCAUGUAAAAGUAAACAUAAUUUGCGUUAGAUCCUACUUUUAUGUGUUAAGUGUUUUAUCGCAAAGCUUUGAGCCUGUGUUGUAUGUAAACGUGUAGCUGUCUCCACAGAAGAAAACAGAGUAUAAAUAUAUUUGUGGAUACAAUUAUAUAUAUUUGAAAGUAUUUACCUAGAGACAAUCUAUUGUUGACUCUUUCAGUACUGUGAAUUAUUUUGUGUCGUGCUCUUUCUAUUUUUCAUAAAUGUACAUACAGUGCAUUUGAAAAGUAUUCAGACCCCUUCCUUUUUUUCACAAUAUGUUACUUUACAACCUUAUUCUAAAGUGUAUUAAAUAUAUUUUUCCCUUCUUAAUCUACACACAGUACCCCAUUAUGACAAAGCAGAAAUAUGUUUUUAGAAAUACGUGUUCAGGCCCUUUGCUAUGAGACUCGAAAAUGAAGCUCAGGGGCACCCUGUUUCCAUUGAUCAUCCUUCAGAUGUUUCUACAUCUUGAUUGGAGUCCACCUGUGGUAAAUUAAAUUGAUUGGACAUGAUCUGGAAAGGCACACACCUGUCUAUAUAAGGUCCCACAGUUGACCGUGCAUGACAGAGCAAAAAACAAGUCAUGAGGUCGAAGAAAUUGUGAGUAGAGCUCCGAGACAGGAUUGUGUUGAGGCACAGAUCUGGGGAAGGGUACCAAAACAUUUCUGCAGCAUUGAAGGUCCAUCAUUCUUAAAUGGAAUAAGUUUAGAACCACCAGGACUCUUCUUAGAUCUGUCCGACAGGCCAAACUGAGCAAUCGGGGGAGAGGGGCCUUGGUCAGGGAGGUGACCAAGAACCCGAUGCUCACUCUGACAGAGCUCUAGAGUUCCUCUGUGAAGAUGGGGGAUCCUUCCAGAAGGACAACCAUCUCUGAAACACUCCACCAAUCAGGCCUUUAUGGUAGAGUGGCCAGACGGAAGCCAGUCCUCAGUGAAAGGCACAUGACAGCCUGCUUGGAAUUUGCCAAAAGGCCAAAAGAAACAAGAUUCUGAGGACUGAUGAAACCAAGAUUGAACUCUUUGGCCUGAAUGUCAAGCAUCAUGUCUGGAGGAAACCUGGCACCAUCCCUACGGUGAUGCAUGGUGGUUGCAGCAUCAUGCUGUGGGGAUGUUUUUCAGAGGCAGGGACUAUGAAACUAGUCAGGAUCAAGGGAAAGAUGAACGGAGCAAAGUACAGAGUGAUCCUUGUAUAAAGUCUGCUCCAGAUCGCUCAGGACCUCAGACAGGCGAACGUUCCCCUUCCAACAGGACAACGACCCUAAGCACACAGCCAAGACAACGCAGGACUGGCUCCGGGACAAGUCUCUGAAUGUCCUUGAGUGGCCCGGACUUGAACCCAAUCAAACAUCUUUGCAUAGACCUGAAAAUAGCUGUGCAGCGAUGCUCCCCAUCCAACCUGACAGCUUGAGAGGAUCUGCAGAGAAGAGUGGGAGAAACUCCCAAAUACAGGUGUGCCAAUCUUGUAACGUCAUAUCCAAGACUCAAUGCUGUAAUCGCUGCCAAAGGGGUAUCAACUAAAUACUGAGUAAACGGUCUGAAUACUUAUGUAAAUGUGAUAUUUCUAAAAACCUGUUUUUGCAUUGUCAUUAUGGGGUAUUUUGUGUAGAUUGAUCAGGAAUCUUUUUUUUUUAUCCAUUUUAGAAUGAGGCUGUAGCGUAACAAAAUGUAGAAAAGGUCAAGGCGUCUGAAUACUCUCCGAAGGCACUGUAUAUUACUUUAUAUAUUUCUGUUUCUAAAAUAUAUAUAUAUAUAUAUAUAUAUAUAAAUAUUAGCAAUUUUCUUCAUGUGAUGUUUUGAUUUUUAGAACAUUAACAAACCCAUUAGUUCUCACUCCGUGUUGAAUUUGGUUCCAUUGACUACCUUAAAAGGAUACCGUUUUUAAUGAAUUUGUUCUUUGUAAACAUAGAGACGAUUAGAUAUUGUAUAGCAUUACAAAAGUAAUAUAUUUGAAACCCACAUCUUACAUAUGAACACGAAUGUGACAUUGAUAAUAUAUAAGUAAGCAAGACUAAAGUGCUAUAUAAACACAAUGGAAAAGUAGUAGAACAUUUUAUUUCCAUAAAUCAAAAGAUCAGAUUUUCUGUAUAGUCUGUUCCUAUCACAUAUUCAUCUGUCGUAGUACAGGUUUAGCUGUGUUCAUACUCUCUGAACUCUGGUCUUGGUCGAUGUCUUGUUCUGUGAUUGUGCCAGAAGAGUUUUUUUCUUUUUCUUUUAGCUAUAGUGUAUGUGAGUUCUCUCUGAAAUGGCUUCAACAUUCAUCAUUUUGCAUUGAUAACAUUCCUGUAGUUCACUGGCUUUUCUUACCGACUGCUCGACGUUUACCCAUGAAACGGUCUCUUCCUUUUAUCUCCUCCCUGUCUAACGGGGUACAGGAGGUUGAGGACCUUCAUAUUCCCAUUAUUGUCCAAAUACCUAUGAAGAGGAAUAACCUCCCUGUAGGAAGUUCCAUCUGAAAUGACACUUUAUGAAUUUGGAUUCGAUUAGACAUUCUAUUUGUUAAGUUAAGAUUGCAAAUCACUGUUAGUAAAUCUUACAGUGAUAGAGUAUUGUGGAAAGUAGCACAGGGGAGGUUUGCUGGUUACAGCCAACCUGUAAGAGGGGCCCCACUUUCAUACAGUACAUAAUAACAAAUUGUAUUGCUUUAGUUGUUUGAACCUUUUUAUCAACGUUUAUCUACCUCAUUUUGUGAGUUUGUGUGUGCUGAAUGUGUAUGAAUAUGUAUGUACUUGUGUGAGAGAAAAAGAGAGAGCGUUGUGUUCUACUAUUUAAUAUGUUGUAAUGGUUGAAAGGGCUCUAUGUUUUUCUGUAGUGCCUUCAGAAAGUUUUCAUACCCCUUGACGUAUUCCACAUUUUGUUGUUACAGCCUGAAUUCAAAAUGGAUUAAAUAGAUUUUUUAUUCUACACACAAUACCCCCAUAAUGACAAAGUGAAAACGUGUUUUUAGAAAUGUUAUCAAAUUUAUUGAAAAUUAAAUACAGAAAUAUUACCUUUGGCAGCAAUUACAGCUGUGAGCCUUUAUGGGUAAGUCUAUAAGAGCUUUCCACGCCUGGAUGGUGCAAAAUUUGCCCAUUAUUCUUUUCAACAUUCUUCAAGCUCUGUCAGAUUGGUUGUUGAUCAUUGCUAGACAAUUUUCAGGUCUUGCCAUACUUUUUCAAGUAGAUUUAAGUCAAAACUGUAAGUCGGCCACUCAGGAACAUUCACUGUCUUCUUGUUAAGCAACUCCAGUGUAGAUUUGGCCUUGUGUUUUAGGUUAUUGUCCUGCUGAAGGGUGAAUUCACCUCCCAGUGUCUGGUGAAAAACAGACUGAACCAGGUUUUCUUCAAGGAUUUUGCCUCUUAGCUAUCCUGAAAAACUCCCCAGUCCAUAACGAUUACAAGCAUACCCGUAACAUGAUGCAGCCACCAAUAUGGUUGAACAUAUGGAGAGUGGGACUCAGUAAUGUGUUCUAUCGGAUAUUGCCCCAACAUAACACUUUGUAUUCAGGACCAAGUAUUACUUUAGUGCCUUGUUGCAAAAAUGAUGCAUAUUUUGGAAUAUUUUUAUUGUGUUCAGGCUUCCUUAUUUUCACUCUGUCUAUUAUGUUAGUAUUGUGGAGUAACUACAAUGUUGUUGAUCCAUCAUUCUUUUUCUCCUAUCACAGCCAUUAUACUCUUAACUGUUUUACAUCCACCAUUGGCCUCAAUGGUGAAAUCCCUGAGCGGUUUAUAUAUCAGAGUGUAACUAAUAUCCCCACCAUGUUCAACAGGAUAUUCAAUAUCUCUUUUUUUUUCUCCCAAUGGGUGCCCUUCUUUGUGAGCCAUUGGCAAACUUCCCUGGUCUUUGUGGUUGAAUCUGUUUGAAAUUCACUUACAGAUAGUUGUAUGUGUGGGGUACAGACAUGGGGUAGUCAUUAAAAUAUAAUUUGAAACAUUAUUGCACACAGCGUGAGUCCAUGCAACUUAUUAUGUGUAAUCACAUUUAAACUUAAAUUUAAAUUUAGGCUUGCGAUAACAAAAGGGUUGACUACUAAUUGACUCGAGACAUUUCAGCUUUUCAUUUUUAAUGAAUUUGUAAAAGAUUCUAAAAACAUAAUUCACUUUGACAUUAUGGGGUAUUGUGUGGAGGCCAAUGACAAAAAAAGAUCUAUUUAAGCAAUUUCAAAUUCAGGCUGUAACACGACGAAAUGUGGGAAAAGUAAAUGGUGUGCAUUCUUUCUGAAGGACCUGUAUAUGUUCAAGUCUAAAAUCUUUAAAACUUUUCCACAAUUUGAUAGUCAAUGUACUGUAGAUGCCUUCUCCCUACCAUUGGUCAGUUGGCUGUAGGGCGGCAGGUAGCCUAGCAGUUAGAGCAUUGGGAUAAUAACCGAAAGGUUGCUGGUUUGAAAACAUGAGUAUGUCGAUGUGCCCUUGAGCAAGGCACUUAUCGCUAACAUUUGCUCCACUCCAGUGGUGCCAUACUACUAUGGUUGACCCUUUAAAACUGCACCUUUCUGGUGUAUGUGACAAUAAAACUUUUUUUUGUAGUUUCAUAACACAACCAAAGAAGUCCCUUCUCAAAUGCUAGUCGAAAUACCCUUCUUCUCAAAGCUAUUUCUUAAUACGAUUUUUGUUUUGCAAAGCUUUUUGUAAAUAAAACAUGCUGUAAAUAUGCAUGAUAUUUUGUAUCCACAAUUGUAUACAUAAUAAAUUCAUAUAAUCCUU